AUGCAACGAUGAAACUAUUCUGAUCAAAUGUCACGAAUACCGGCAUUAUUAUUAAAAUUUAAUUUUGUGUCCACACAACAAACAUGAAAUUUAAGGGAAUAUUAACGGAUCAAUUAUGUAUGAAAGAUUUCUAUUCCAUUGUUGCAACUUUUGCAAGGCUAUCGAAAAGGGCAGUAUUUAAUAUUAAAAAAGAUAGCUUAUGCAUCAGCAAUAUUGGAAUAGGAAUGAACGCGAAUCCUACUGCAUGGUCGGAAAUUGGUCACGAACAUUUUUUUGCUCAGUUCAAUAUGAAAGGUGUUGAUGAACAGUUCGACGAAAUAUGGCUAACAUUCUAUCCAGAACAGCUAGCAAUCGCAUUAAACAUGCUUAAAACACAUUUCGUUAAAGUGAUUGUAGUGAAAUUGACAAACAAACAAUUCCCAUGUCUGUCAAUUGAUAUUGAAAUGGUAAGCAAAAUACACAAUAAAUUAUUUAAUAAAUGAUCGCUGGCAAAUGAAAAUUAGGAUAAAGAAAUACUUAAAGGAAAAAACACAUGAUCAAUCAUAUUGGUUCAUCAGCUCAGGUACCGCAAUAUGGCAGAACGUAAAAUAAGGAUUUGCCUUAACUAACGAAAAAUUUCUGUUGACUACCGAUUUUUUUAAGCAUACCAACUCGCGAAGUGCUUGCUAUACAAUAUACCCAAAAAACAUUUGUUGUGGCAAAUUCAUCCAUUAUCGGG